GCCCGGCCCGGCCCAACGCAGCGCAGCCCAGCGACCGGCGGCUCUCGGGGCGUCGCCUGGCUCCGGCGGCCUGGGCACCGCGGGGAGCGUGAAUGAGAGUUUGCUCCGAUUUACGAGCAGGAGACUCCAACCGUCAUGUUAAGGUAAAGCAGAAAAGUGCAGUGCUGAACAUGCUAAAGAAGUUGGACAAAAUAAGGUUCAGAGGUCACAAGAGAGAUGAGUUCCUUGAUUUAGCAGAGUCUCCAAAUGCUUCAGACACUGAAUGUGGAGAUGAAAUCCCGGUGAAAAUACCUCGAACGUCAACUCGAGACAAUGAAGAGCUGAGAGACCCUGCUGGUCCAGGGACCAUCGUCAUGGCUUCAGGAAUCCAAGAUUUUAACAGAACGGAGUCUGACAGACUGAAUGAGAUCAAAGGUCACCUGGAAAUAGCCUUACUGGAAAAACACUUUUUACAGGAGGAGCUCAGGAAGCUGAGAGAAGAAACAAAUGCUGAAACGUUAAGGCAGGAACUAGAAAAGGAACGGCAGAGGAGAUUAGAACUAGAACAAAAAGUCAAUGAAGUACUUAAAGCAAGGACGGAAGAGGUGCCUGCAGCUCAGCAACCUGCAAAGCCACAGACACAGGCCAAUGGAACAGAUAAGCGGAGUCACACAGUCUGUUCGAGACUCCAGAAGUGGUUUUGUGACAAAUUUGGGGAGUAUGUUGAGGACUUCAGAUUUCAGCCAGAAGAGAAUACAGUGGAAACAGAAGAGCCACUUAGUGCUAGAAGGUUGACUGAAAAUAUGAGAAGAUUAAAGAGAGGUGCCAAACCUGUUACUAAUUUUGUGAAGAAUCUUUCUGCCUUAUCAGACUGGUAUUCUAUCUACACUUCUGCUAUUGCCUUUAUUAUUUACAUGAAUGCUGUAUGGCAUGGCUGGGCCAUUCCUAUGUUCUUAUUUUUAGCAAUUUUGAGGUUGUCCCUAAAUUACCUCAUAGCCAGGGGUUGGAGAAUACAGUGGAGCAUUGUGCCUGAAGUUUCUGAACCCAUGGAACCCCCAAAAGAGGACCUGACGGUGUCUGAAAAGUUUCAGCUUGUUCUAGACGUGGCUCAGAAGGCGCAGAACCUUUUCGGCAAGAUGGCAGACAUACUGGAAAAAAUUAAAAACUUGUUCAUGUGGGUCCAGCCAGAAAUAACACAGAAGCUCUAUGUUACUCUGUGGGCAGCUUUUAUUGCAUCCUGCUUUUUGCCCUACAGGAUUAUUGGGCUUGCAAUGGGACUCUAUGCUGGAAUCAAGUUUUUCCUUAUUGAUUUUAUCUUCAAACGAUGCCCCAGACUAAGAGCUAAGUAUGAUACUCCUUAUAUCAUCUGGACAAGUCUCCCUACAGAUCCUCAGCUCAAAGAAAGAUCUAAUGCUACAGUGUCGAGACGGCUUCAAACAGCAGCAUCCAGAAGUUAUGUGGGCUCAAGCGCCCCAACUGGAAUAAGCAAAGAUGAAGACACAAGUCGUUUUCAUACCACCAAGAGGGGGAAUUUCCAUGAAGUUUUUAACCUGUCGGAAAAUGAGCGUCCUUUGGCAGUGUGUGAAAAUGGCUGGCGCUGUUGCUUGAUUAACAGAGAUAGGAAGAUGCCUACAGACUACAUCAGGAAUGGAGUUCUUUAUGUCACAGAAAAUUACUUGUGCUUUGAAAGCUCCAAAUCCGGCUCAUCUAAAAGAAAUAAAGUUAUAAAGCUAACGGAUAUAACAGAUAUUCAGAAGUAUAAAGUGCUCUCUGUUCUCCCGGGGUCAGGGAUGGGUAUUGCUGUAUCAACACCAUCUACGCAAAAACCUUUGGUGUUUGGUGCCAUGGUACACAGAGAUGAAGCUUUUGAGACAAUUUUCAACCAAUAUGUGAAAAUAACCUCUGCAUCAUCAAGCAGUGAGAGCUAGUAGCUUAUCUUAGAAGAUCUAAAGGAAAUUUUCUUAUUUUACAACUUGGUAGUGAAAAAAAUGAACAUCCUCAUCUAUUUUGCAAUAAUUUUUCUUGUCUGGUGGUUUAUAUUCUAUCUGUUACAUAAAUCAAGUGUAUUUUAUAUAUGCCUUCAUGUUUGUUUUUAAGGUUUUUGUAAAAAAAAAAAAGAAAAAAAACAACCAAAAAACAAAACGAAACAAAACAGUGAAAGUGCUAUCAUCACUAUUAGCCUUGCACAUUAAGCACUUUUAAUGUUUAUUUACUGACAUUAAAAGCUGGGAAGAUACUUGGAGAACUGACUAAAUAACGAAGUUAAACAGAUUGAUCCCUUUAACUCCACUGAUAUCACUAGGGAUACAUUUGUCCCUUUGUUUUUGUUAUUUUUCCCCGAGAUGUGAGAAUGACGAUUGCAGCAGCCUGAAGUCCCUUUCUUCAGCUCAGAGUUUUUAAUUGGGUUCUUUAUUAAAACUGAUAGCAACACCAAGGAAGUAUUAUCAUCUUAGUAUUUCCAUAUUUAUAACUGCACUUAAAAUAACUCCUUGCUAAUUCUUGCAUUGGAGAAGGAUAUUUUACUGGUUUGGUUAGGUUCAAUUUUUCCUGCAUAGAUGUUUAAAUUGCUUGUACAGUGAAUUGGAGGAGAAAGUUUGUUACUAUAUCUUCCUUUCCUGAUUAACCAAAGUAAGAGGAAGGAAGGCAGGCAGAUACUUUUUAUAAAAGAGGGCACCAAAAUGUUGUUCCUAAAAUGUUAGGCAUCGUGUAUUUGUAUUUCUGUAGAUACUUGUCAUAGAAGGGCUCAACUAUUGUACAUGUUGUAUGUACAAGGUGUUUGUAUGUUAAUGCAUUAAAGAAUUGCAGGCUUUUUGUGUUGGGGGAGGUAGGAAUAAUUAAACUAAACUGAGACAUGACUUUUUUUUUUUUAAUUUGGCUUUUCUCUUGAGUUACCUUGUAAUAAAAUAACACUAUAAUAUAGCA